AUAGGGGCUGGGACUCUCUGUAGUACCGAGGUUAGACAUUCCUGAAUGUAGACAAAAUAUUUAUGGCAUUGGAUUGAAGCCUUGUGUAGUGUGUGUUUUUGGAGGAAUGAACUAGCAUAACAAGUCAUUGAGGAAUACUGUAUCAGUGGGGGAUAGGUAGAGGUGGAUACGGUGGCUUUUUUCUUUUCUUUUUAUCUUCUAAGUUGGAGCUUUAAACGUCGAACGCAUAACUUGGCAUAAGCCCAUCACUGGACCAAUUACCUAACCUCAUUAGUACCUGACCAAUGAAACAGUUGGCGCUUGUCACGGCAGUUGAAAUGAUGGUUGAUGUGUAUUGUAGUUGAGUGUAAUGGAACAGAUUUUAUACUAAAGGAUUACAAUGGGACAAUAUCCUUCAAAGCGGGGCUCUUUUAGCCCCAAGCAGCGUGGUUCCGCCAAAGCUGAAGUCACGGUCGGCGCCCAAGGUGGAGCAGACUUUGAUAGUCUGGAACAAAAAAAUGCGAAAUCACCAGGGAGAAAACGUCGAAGGUUUCGAGUCCCGGUGUUGUCACUGAGGAAAACACCCUCGGGGCGUUGGACCAGAAAAAAACGGUCCCAAAAUGCUGCCCGCCCCGUGUCCUUACCGGCGGAGAUCUACAGGCCACAAAGUGAGACUGAGUCACAAAGUGGUGGAUCCAGGCCACAAAGUUUAUUUUUGGAUGACCUACAUAUGGAAGAUCAGUCGAUGGAAGCAGUGGAUUUAUCAGAUAGUGAACUACAUGGUCAACUACGACUUAAAAGUCCUGGGAAAAAGAAUACAGAAAAAUCGAAGAGCAAAAAGGGGCCACAACUAAGAGGAUCAGGAAAGAAAAAGCAAAAAAAAGAAAAAUCAAAAUCUAAGCAAAAGGCUACAUUGCCUGCAGGAAAAAUUGGAGUUUCAGCACAAACUGCAGACAUAGAUACGGUUGCCACAGGCAUUGUGAAUGAAUCAGUCACAUCAGCACAACACAAAUUAAAAGUGGAAACAAAGCAGAAAGGUGCACAUUAUGAUGCAAACUUCACAGGGACAGCUGAUCCUAUUUCAGCUGAGGAUAUAAUAGACCAAGUAAUGAAGGCUAAUAUGCAUGGGUCUUCAAAGACAGGAAUUGAGUCCACAAAACUCGACAUCUCAACAAAGGGACCAAAACUUGAUGCCAAAAUGCCAGGUGUUGCCAUUUCUGGACCAAAUGUUGACAUUGGAAAAGCAGACCUUGGCGUCAAAGCCCCUAAAAUUAAAGGUAAAGCACCAGACUUUGACGUCUCUGCAGACGCAGACUUUGGAAUCAAAGGGCCUAAAAAUGAUGCUAAAAUGCCUGGACUGGACGUUUCUGGACCACAUUUUGAUGCUCCUAAAGCAGACUUUGGAAUUAAAGGCCCUAAGGUCGAUGCUAAAAUGCCAGGACUAGACAUCUCUGGCCCACACUUUGACGCUCCAAAAGGUGAUCUUGGAAUCAAAGGUCCGAAAAUUGAUGCCAAACUGCCUGGCAUGGAUAUCUCAGCACCACAUAUUGAUACUCCAAAGGGAGACCUCGGAAUCAAGGGACCUAAAAUAGAUGCUAAAAUGCCUGGACUUGAUAUCUCUGCACCACACUUUGAUGCCCCUAAAGCAGAUCUGGGCAUCAAGGGUCCCAAAAUUGAUGCCAAAAUGCCUGGGGUGGACAUCUCUGGACCACAUUUUGAUGCGCCCCAUGCAGAUUUUGGCAUUAAAGGCCCUAAGGUGGAUGCUAAAAUGCCGGGACUAGACAUAUCCGCACCACACUUUGACGCUCCAAAAGGAGACCUCGGCAUCAAAGGGCCUAAAAUAGAUGCUAAGAUGCCUGGAAUAGACAUUUCUGGACCACAUGUUGAUGCACCCAAAGCUGAUUUUGGCAUCAAAGGGCCCAAAAUUGAUGCUAAAAUGCCUGGUCUUGACAUCUCCGCCCCGCAUUUCGAUGCUCCAAAAGCAGAUCUGGGAAUUAAAGGUCUUAAGGUGGAUGCUAAAAUGCCAGGACUUGAUGUAUCCGCGCCACACUUUGAUGCUCCGAAAGGAGACCUUGGAAUUAAAGGACCCAAAAUUGAUGCUAAAAUGCCCGGAGUGGACAUUUCCGGACCACAUUUUGAUGCACCUAAAGGAGACUUGGGCAUUAAAGGCCCUAAACUCGAUGCCAAGGCGCCCAAUGUGGAUAUUUCAGGACCCGGUCUCAACAUUUCUAAGCCCGACUUAAACUUUAACACACCAUCCGUGGAUGUGAGUUUGCCUAAAGGAUCAAUCGACAUUGACAGUCACAAGAAAGGUGUAAAAGUGCCAGGCUUUGGAAUUUCUGGACCCGGUUUGGACGUUGAAGGCCCGGGUGCUAACAUUGGAGGUGAUGCUGGAUUGUCCUUAAAGGGGGAUUUGAAGCUGAAAAAAGGAAAAGAGGACAAGGAACUCAAAAUAAAAGCAGACAAAGGCAAGAAAGUUAAACUCAAAGACAAAUUUAGCAACUGGUUGCACAAGAAAGGCGACGUGGAUAUUGAUGCCGAUGUUGACCUACCAGAUGCCGAGAUUUCAACUCCUGACAUCAAGAUUAAAGAUCCAAAAAUCGACGCCAAAAUGCCAGGUGUUGCCAUAUCUGGACCAAAUGUUGACAUUGGAAAAGCAGACCUUGGCGUCAAAGCCCCUAAAAUUAAAGGUAAAGCACCAGACUUUGACGUCUCUGCAGACGCAGACUUUGCAAUCAAAGGGCCUAAAAUUGAUGCUAAAAUGCCUGGACUGGACGUUUCUGGACCACAUUUUGAUGCUCCUAAAGCAGACUUUGGAAUUAAAGGCCCUAAGGUCGAUGCUAAAAUGCCAGGACUAGACAUCUCUGGCCCACACUUUGACGCUCCAAAAGGUGAUCUUGGAAUCAAAGGUCCGAAAAUCGAUGCCAAACUGCCUGGCAUGGAUAUCUCAGCACCACAUAUUGAUACUCCAAAGGGAGACCUUGGAAUCAAGGGACCUAAAAUAGAUGCUAAAAUGCCUGGACUUGAUAUCUCUGCACCACACUUUGAUGCCCCUAAAGCAGAUCUUGGCAUCAAGGGUCCCAAAAUUGAUGCCAAAAUGCCUGGGGUGGACAUCUCUGGACCACAUUUUGAUGCGCCCCAUGCAGAUUUUGGCAUUAAAGGCCCUAAGGUGGAUGCUAAAAUGCCGGGACUAGACAUAUCCGCACCACACUUUGACGCUCCAAAAGGAGACCUCGGCAUCAAAGGGCCUAAAAUAGAUGCUAAGAUGCCUGGAAUAGACAUUUCUGGACCACAUGUUGAUGCACCCAAAGCUGAUUUUGGCAUCAAAGGGCCCAAAAUUGAUGCUAAAAUGCCUGGCCUUGACAUCUCCGCCCCGCAUUUCGAUGCUCCAAAAGCAGAUCUGGGAAUUAAAGGUCUUAAGAUGGAUGCUAAAAUGCCAGGACUUGAUGUAUCCGCGCCACACUUUGAUGCUCCGAAAGGAGACCUUGGAAUUAAAGGACCCAAAAUUGAUGCUAAAAUGCCCGGAGUGGACAUUUCCGGACCACAUUUUGAUGCACCUAAAGGAGACUUGGGCAUUAAAGGCCCUAAACUCGAUGCCAAGGCGCCCAAUGUGGAUAUUUCAGGACCCGGUCUCAACAUUUCUAAGCCCGACUUAAACUUUAACACACCAUCCGUGGAUGUGAGUUUGCCUAAAGGAUCAAUCGACAUUGACAGUCACAAGAAAGGUGUAAAAGUGCCAGGCUUUGGAAUUUCUGGACCCGGUUUGGACGUUGAAGGCCCGGAUGCUAACAUUGGAGGUGAUGCUGGAUUGUCCUUAAAGGGGGAUUUGAAGCUGAAAAAAGGAAAAGAGGACAAGGAACUCAAAAUAAAAGCAGACAAAGGCAAGAAAGUUAAACUCAAAGACAAAUUUAGCAACUGGUUGCACAAGAAAGGCGACGUGGAUAUUGAUGCCGAUGUUGACCUACCAGAUGCCGAGAUUUCAACUCCUGACAUCAAGAUUAAAGAUCCAAAAAUCGACGCCAAAAUGCCAGGUGUUGCCAUAUCUGGACCAAAUGUUGACAUUGGAAAAGCAGACCUUGGCGUCAAAGCCCCUAAAAUUAAAGGUAAAGCACCAGACUUUGACGUCUCUGCAGACGCAGACUUUGGAAUCAAAGGGCCUAAAAUUGAUGCUAAAAUGCCUGGACUGGACGUUUCUGGACCACAUUUUGAUGCUCCUAAAGCAGACUUUGGAAUUAAAGGCCCUAAGGUCGAUGCUAAAAUGCCAGGACUAGACAUCUCUGGCCCACACUUUGACGCUCCAAAAGGUGAUCUUGGAAUCAAAGGUCCGAAAAUCGAUGCCAAACUGCCUGGCAUGGAUAUCUCAGCACCACAUAUUGAUACUCCAAAGGGAGACCUCGGAAUCAAGGGACCUAAAAUAGAUGCUAAAAUGCCUGGACUUGAUAUCUCUGCACCACACUUUGAUGCCCCUAAAGCAGAUCUUGGCAUCAAGGGUCCCAAAAUUGAUGCCAAAAUGCCUGGGGUGGACAUCUCUGGACCACAUUUCGAUGCGCCCCAUGCAGAUUUUGGCAUUAAAGGCCCUAAGGUGGAUGCUAAAAUGCCGGGACUAGACAUAUCCGCACCACACUUUGACGCUCCAAAAGGAGACCUCGGCAUCAAAGGUCCGAAAAUAGACGCUAAAAUGCCUGGAAUGGACGUUUCUGGACCACACUUUGACGCUCCAAAAGGAGACCUCGGCAUCAAAGGGCCUAAAAUAGAUGCUAAGAUGCCUGGAAUAGACAUUUCUGGACCACAUGUUGAUGCACCCAAAGCUGAUUUUGGCAUCAAAGGGCCCAAAAUUGAUGCUAAAAUGCCUGGCCUUGACAUCUCCGCCCCGCAUUUCGAUGCUCCAAAAGCAGAUCUGGGAAUUAAAGGUCUUAAGAUGGAUGCUAAAAUGCCAGGACUUGAUGUAUCCGCACCACACUUUGAUGCUCCGAAAGGAGACCUUGGAAUUAAAGGACCCAAAAUUGAUGCUAAAAUGCCCGGAGUGGACAUUUCCGGACCACAUUUUGAUGCACCUAAAGGAGACUUGGGCAUUAAAGGCCCUAAACUCGAUGCCAAGGCGCCCAAUGUGGAUAUUUCAGGACCCGGUCUCAACAUUUCUAAGCCCGACUUAAACUUUAACACACCAUCCGUGGAUGUGAGUUUGCCUAAAGGAUCAAUCGACAUUGACAGUCACAAGAAAGGUGUAAAAGUGCCAGGCUUUGGAAUUUCUGGACCCGGUUUGGACGUUGAAGGCCCGGAUGCUAACAUUGGAGGUGAUGCUGGAUUGUCCUUAAAGGGGGAUUUGAAGCUGAAAAAAGGAAAAGAGGACAAGGAACUCAAAAUAAAAGCAGACAAAGGCAAGAAAGUUAAACUCAAAGACAAAUUUAGCAACUGGUUGCACAAGAAAGGCGACGUGGAUAUUGAUGCCGAUGUUGACCUACCAGAUGCCGAGAUUUCAACUCCUGACAUCAAGAUUAAAGAUCCAAAAAUCGACGCCAAAAUGCCAGGUGUUGCCAUAUCUGGACCAAAUGUUGACAUUGGAAAAGCAGACCUUGGCGUCAAAGCCCCUAAAAUUAAAGGUAAAGCACCAGACUUUGACGUCUCUGCAGACGCAGACUUUGGAAUCAAAGGGCCUAAAAUUGAUGCUAAAAUGCCUGGACUGGACGUUUCUGGACCACAUUUUGAUGCUCCUAAAGCAGACUUUGGAAUUAAAGGCCCUAAGGUCGAUGCUAAAAUGCCAGGACUAGACAUCUCUGGCCCACACUUUGACGCUCCAAAAGGUGAUCUUGGAAUCAAAGGUCCGAAAAUCGAUGCCAAACUGCCUGGCAUGGAUAUCUCAGCACCACAUAUUGAUACUCCAAAGGGAGACCUCGGAAUCAAGGGACCUAAAAUAGAUGCUAAAAUGCCUGGACUUGAUAUCUCUGCACCACACUUUGAUGCCCCUAAAGCAGAUCUUGGCAUCAAGGGUCCCAAAAUUGAUGCCAAAAUGCCUGGGGUGGACAUCUCUGGACCACAUUUCGAUGCGCCCCAUGCAGAUUUUGGCAUUAAAGGCCCUAAGGUGGAUGCUAAAAUGCCGGGACUAGACAUAUCCGCACCACACUUUGACGCUCCAAAAGGAGACCUCGGCAUCAAAGGUCCGAAAAUAGACGCUAAAAUGCCUGGAAUGGACGUUUCUGGACCACACUUUGACGCUCCAAAAGGAGACCUCGGCAUCAAAGGGCCUAAAAUAGAUGCUAAGAUGCCUGGAAUAGACAUUUCUGGACCACAUGUUGAUGCACCCAAAGCUGAUUUUGGCAUCAAAGGGCCCAAAAUUGAUGCUAAAAUGCCUGGCCUUGACAUCUCCGCCCCGCAUUUCGAUGCUCCAAAAGCAGAUCUGGGAAUUAAAGGUCUUAAGAUGGAUGCUAAAAUGCCAGGACUUGAUGUAUCCGCGCCACACUUUGAUGCUCCGAAAGGAGACCUUGGAAUUAAAGGACCCAAAAUUGAUGCUAAAAUGCCCGGAGUGGACAUUUCCGGACCACAUUUUGAUGCACCUAAAGGAGACUUGGGCAUUAAAGGCCCUAAACUCGAUGCCAAGGCGCCCAAUGUGGAUAUUUCAGGACCCGGUCUCAACAUUUCUAAGCCCGACUUAAACUUUAACACACCAUCCGUGGAUGUGAGUUUGCCUAAAGGAUCAAUCGACAUUGACAGUCACAAGAAAGGUGUAAAAGUGCCAGGCUUUGGAAUUUCUGGACCCGGUUUGGACGUUGAAGGCCCGGAUGCUAACAUUGGAGGUGAUGCUGGAUUGUCCUUAAAGGGGGAUUUGAAGCUGAAAAAAGGAAAAGAGGACAAGGAACUCAAAAUAAAAGCAGACAAAGGCAAGAAAGUUAAACUCAAAGACAAAUUUAGCAACUGGUUGCACAAGAAAGGCGACGUGGAUAUUGAUGCCGAUGUUGACCUACCAGAUGCCGAGAUUUCAACUCCUGACAUCAAGAUUAAAGAUCCAAAAAUCGACGCCAAAAUGCCAGGUGUUGCCAUAUCUGGACCAAAUGUUGACAUUGGAAAAGCAGACCUUGGCGUCAAAGCCCCUAAAAUUAAAGGUAAAGCACCAGACUUUGACGUCUCUGCAGACGCAGACUUUGGAAUCAAAGGGCCUAAAAUUGAUGCUAAAAUGCCUGGACUGGACGUUUCUGGACCACAUUUUGAUGCUCCUAAAGCAGACUUUGGAAUUAAAGGCCCUAAGGUCGAUGCUAAAAUGCCAGGACUAGACAUCUCUGGCCCACACUUUGACGCUCCAAAAGGUGAUCUUGGAAUCAAAGGUCCGAAAAUCGAUGCCAAACUGCCUGGCAUGGAUAUCUCAGCACCACAUAUUGAUACUCCAAAGGGAGACCUCGGAAUCAAGGGACCUAAAAUAGAUGCUAAAAUGCCUGGACUUGAUAUCUCUGCACCACACUUUGAUGCCCCUAAAGCAGAUCUUGGCAUCAAGGGUCCCAAAAUUGAUGCCAAAAUGCCUGGGGUGGACAUCUCUGGACCACAUUUCGAUGCGCCCCAUGCAGAUUUUGGCAUUAAAGGCCCUAAGGUGGAUGCUAAAAUGCCGGGACUAGACAUAUCCGCACCACACUUUGACGCUCCAAAAGGAGACCUCGGCAUCAAAGGUCCGAAAAUAGACGCUAAAAUGCCUGGAAUGGACGUUUCUGGACCACACUUUGACGCUCCAAAAGGAGACCUCGGCAUCAAAGGGCCUAAAAUAGAUGCUAAGAUGCCUGGAAUAGACAUUUCUGGACCACAUGUUGAUGCACCCAAAGCUGAUUUUGGCAUCAAAGGGCCCAAAAUUGAUGCUAAAAUGCCUGGCCUUGACAUCUCCGCCCCGCAUUUCGAUGCUCCAAAAGCAGAUCUGGGAAUUAAAGGUCUUAAGAUGGAUGCUAAAAUGCCAGGACUUGAUGUAUCCGCACCACACUUUGAUGCUCCGAAAGGAGACCUUGGAAUUAAAGGACCCAAAAUUGAUGCUAAAAUGCCCGGAGUGGACAUUUCCGGACCACAUUUUGAUGCACCUAAAGGAGACUUGGGCAUUAAAGGCCCUAAACUCGAUGCCAAGGCGCCCAAUGUGGAUAUUUCAGGACCCGGUCUCAACAUUUCUAAGCCCGACUUAAACUUUAACACACCAUCCGUGGAUGUGAGUUUGCCUAAAGGAUCAAUCGACAUUGACAGUCACAAGAAAGGUGUAAAAGUGCCAGGCUUUGGAAUUUCUGGACCCGGUUUGGACGUUGAAGGCCCGGAUGCUAACAUUGGAGGUGAUGCUGGAUUGUCCUUAAAGGGGGAUUUGAAGCUGAAAAAAGGAAAAGAGGACAAGGAACUCAAAAUAAAAGCAGACAAAGGCAAGAAAGUUAAACUCAAAGACAAAUUUAGCAACUGGUUGCACAAGAAAGGCGACGUGGAUAUUGAUGCCGAUGUUGACCUACCAGAUGCCGAGAUUUCAACUCCUGACAUCAAGAUUAAAGAUCCAAAAAUCGACGCCAAAAUGCCAGGUGUUGCCAUAUCUGGACCAAAUGUUGACAUUGGAAAAGCAGACCUUGGCGUCAAAGCCCCUAAAAUUAAAGGUAAAGCACCAGACUUUGACGUCUCUGCAGACGCAGACUUUGGAAUCAAAGGGCCUAAAAUUGAUGCUAAAAUGCCUGGACUGGACGUUUCUGGACCACAUUUUGAUGCUCCUAAAGCAGACUUUGGAAUUAAAGGCCCUAAGGUCGAUGCUAAAAUGCCAGGACUAGACAUCUCUGGCCCACACUUUGACGCUCCAAAAGGUGAUCUUGGAAUCAAAGGUCCGAAAAUCGAUGCCAAACUGCCUGGCAUGGAUAUCUCAGCACCACAUAUUGAUACUCCAAAGGGAGACCUCGGAAUCAAGGGACCUAAAAUAGAUGCUAAAAUGCCUGGACUUGAUAUCUCUGCACCACACUUUGAUGCCCCUAAAGCAGAUCUUGGCAUCAAGGGUCCCAAAAUUGAUGCCAAAAUGCCUGGGGUGGACAUCUCUGGACCACAUUUCGAUGCGCCCCAUGCAGAUUUUGGCAUUAAAGGCCCUAAGGUGGAUGCUAAAAUGCCGGGACUAGACAUAUCCGCACCACACUUUGACGCUCCAAAAGGAGACCUCGGCAUCAAAGGUCCGAAAAUAGACGCUAAAAUGCCUGGAAUGGACGUUUCUGGACCACACUUUGACGCUCCAAAAGGAGACCUCGGCAUCAAAGGGCCUAAAAUAGAUGCUAAGAUGCCUGGAAUAGACAUUUCUGGACCACAUGUUGAUGCACCCAAAGCUGAUUUUGGCAUCAAAGGGCCCAAAAUUGAUGCUAAAAUGCCUGGCCUUGACAUCUCCGCCCCGCAUUUCGAUGCUCCAAAAGCAGAUCUGGGAAUUAAAGGUCUUAAGAUGGAUGCUAAAAUGCCAGGACUUGAUGUAUCCGCGCCACACUUUGAUGCUCCGAAAGGAGACCUUGGAAUUAAAGGACCCAAAAUUGAUGCUAAAAUGCCCGGAGUGGACAUUUCCGGACCACAUUUUGAUGCACCUAAAGGAGACUUGGGCAUUAAAGGCCCUAAACUCGAUGCCAAGGCGCCCAAUGUGGAUAUUUCAGGACCCGGUCUCAACAUUUCUAAGCCCGACUUAAACUUUAACACACCAUCCGUGGAUGUGAGUUUGCCUAAAGGAUCAAUCGACAUUGACAGUCACAAGAAAGGUGUAAAAGUGCCAGGCUUUGGAAUUUCUGGACCCGGUUUGGACGUUGAAGGCCCGGAUGCUAACAUUGGAGGUGAUGCUGGAUUGUCCUUAAAGGGGGAUUUGAAGCUGAAAAAAGGAAAAGAGGACAAGGAACUCAAAAUAAAAGCAGACAAAGGCAAGAAAGUUAAACUCAAAGACAAAUUUAGCAACUGGUUGCACAAGAAAGGCGACGUGGAUAUUGAUGCCGAUGUUGACCUACCAGAUGCCGAGAUUUCAACUCCUGACAUCAAGAUUAAAGAUCCAAAAAUCGACGCCAAAAUGCCAGGUGUUGCCAUAUCUGGACCAAAUGUUGACAUUGGAAAAGCAGACCUUGGCGUCAAAGCCCCUAAAAUUAAAGGUAAAGCACCAGACUUUGACGUCUCUGCAGACGCAGACUUUGGAAUCAAAGGGCCUAAAAUUGAUGCUAAAAUGCCUGGACUGGACGUUUCUGGACCACAUUUUGAUGCUCCUAAAGCAGACUUUGGAAUUAAAGGCCCUAAGGUCGAUGCUAAAAUGCCAGGACUAGACAUCUCUGGCCCACACUUUGACGCUCCAAAAGGUGAUCUUGGAAUCAAAGGUCCGAAAAUCGAUGCCAAACUGCCUGGCAUGGAUAUCUCAGCACCACAUAUUGAUACUCCAAAGGGAGACCUCGGAAUCAAGGGACCUAAAAUAGAUGCUAAAAUGCCUGGACUUGAUAUCUCUGCACCACACUUUAAUGCCCCUAAAGCAGAUCUUGGCAUCAAGGGUCCCAAAAUUGAUGCCAAAAUGCCUGGGGUGGACAUAUCUGGACCACAUUUCGAUGCGCCCCAUGCAGAUUUUGGCAUUAAAGGCCCUAAGGUGGAUGCUAAAAUGCCGGGACUAGACAUAUCCGCACCACACUUUGACGCUCCAAAAGGAGACCUCGGCAUCAAAGGUCCGAAAAUAGACGCUAAAAUGCCUGGAAUGGACGUUUCUGGACCACACUUUGACGCUCCAAAAGGAGACCUCGGCAUCAAAGGGCCUAAAAUAGAUGCUAAGAUGCCUGGAAUAGACAUUUCUGGACCACAUGUUGAUGCACCCAAAGCUGAUUUUGGCAUCAAAGGGCCCAAAAUUGAUGCUAAAAUGCCUGGCCUUGACAUCUCCGCCCCGCAUUUCGAUGCUCCAAAAGCAGAUCUGGGAAUUAAAGGUCUUAAGAUGGAUGCUAAAAUGCCAGGACUUGAUGUAUCCGCGCCACACUUUGAUGCUCCGAAAGGAGACCUUGGAAUUAAAGGACCCAAAAUUGAUGCUAAAAUGCCCGGAGUGGACAUUUCCGGACCACAUUUUGAUGCACCUAAAGGAGACUUGGGCAUUAAAGGCCCUAAACUCGAUGCCAAGGCGCCCAAUGUGGAUAUUUCAGGACCCGGUCUCAACAUUUCUAAGCCCGACUUAAACUUUAACACACCAUCCGUGGAUGUGAGUUUGCCUAAAGGAUCAAUCGACAUUGACAGUCACAAGAAAGGUGUAAAAGUGCCAGGCUUUGGAAUUUCUGGACCCGGUUUGGACGUUGAAGGCCCGGAUGCUAACAUUGGAGGUGAUGCUGGAUUGUCCUUAAAGGGGGAUUUGAAGCUGAAAAAAGGAAAAGAGGACAAGGAACUCAAAAUAAAAGCAGAAAAAGGCAAGAAAGUUAAACUCAAAGACAAAUUUAGCAACUGGUUGCACAAGAAAGGCGACGUGGAUAUUGAUGCCGAUGUUGACCUACCAGAUGCCGAGAUUUCAACUCCUGACAUCAAGAUUAAAGAUCCAAAAAUCGACGCCAAAAUGCCAGGUGUUGCCAUAUCUGGACCAAAUGUUGACAUUGGAAAAGCAGACCUUGGCGUCAAAGCCCCUAAAAUUAAAGGUAAAGCACCAGACUUUGACGUCUCUGCAGACGCAGACUUUGGAAUCAAAGGGCCUAAAAUUGAUGCUAAAAUGCCUGGACUGGACGUUUCUGGACCACAUUUUGAUGCUCCUAAAGCAGACUUUGGAAUUAAAGGCCCUAAGGUCGAUGCUAAAAUGCCAGGACUAGACAUCUCUGGCCCACACUUUGACGCUCCAAAAGGUGAUCUUGGAAUCAAAGGUCCGAAAAUCGAUGCCAAACUGCCUGGCAUGGAUAUCUCAGCACCACAUAUUGAUACUCCAAAGGGAGACCUUGGAAUCAAGGGACCUAAAAUAGAUGCUAAAAUGCCUGGACUUGAUAUCUCUGCACCACACUUUGAUGCCCCUAAAGCAGAUCUUGGCAUCAAGGGUCCCAAAAUUGAUGCCAAAAUGCCUGGGGUGGACAUCUCUGGACCACAUUUCGAUGCGCCCCAUGCAGAUUUUGGCAUUAAAGGCCCUAAGGUGGAUGCUAAAAUGCCGGGACUAGACAUAUCCGCACCACACUUUGACGCUCCAAAAGGAGACCUCGGCAUCAAAGGUCCGCAAAUAGACGCUAAAAUGCCUGGAAUGGACGUUUCUGGACCACACUUUGACGCUCCAAAAGGAGACCUCGGCAUCAAAGGGCCUAAAAUAGAUGCUAAGAUGCCUGGAAUAGACAUUUCUGGACCACAUGUUGAUGCACCCAAAGCUGAUUUUGGCAUCAAAGGGCCCAAAAUUGAUGCUAAAAUGCCUGGCCUUGACAUCUCCGCCCCGCAUUUCGAUGCUCCAAAAGCAGAUCUGGGAAUUAAAGGUCUUAAGAUGGAUGCUAAAAUGCCAGGACUUGAUGUAUCCGCGCCACACUUUGAUGCUCCGAAAGGAGACCUUGGAAUUAAAGGACCCAAAAUUGAUGCUAAAAUGCCCGGAGUGGACAUUUCCGGACCACAUUUUGAUGCACCUAAAGGAGACUUGGGCAUUAAAGGCCCUAAACUCGAUGCCAAGGCGCCCAAUGUGGAUAUUUCAGGACCCGGUCUCAACAUUUCUAAGCCCGACUUAAACUUUAACACACCAUCCGUGGAUGUGAGUUUGCCUAAAGGAUCAAUCGACAUUGACAGUCACAAGAAAGGUGUAAAAGUGCCAGGCUUUGGAAUUUCUGGACCCGGUUUGGACAUUGAAGGCCCGGAUGCUAACAUUGGAGGUGAUGCUGGAUUGUCCUUAAAGGGGGAUUUGAAGCUGAAAAAAGGAAAAGAGGACAAGGAACUCAAAAUAAAAGCAGACAAAGGCAAGAAAGUUAAACUCAAAGACAAAUUUAGCAACUGGUUGCACAAGAAAGGCGACGUGGAUAUUGAUGCCGAUGUUGACCUACCAGAUGCCGAGAUUUCAACUCCUGACAUCAAGAUUAAAGAUCCAAAAAUCGACGCCAAAAUGCCAGGUGUUGCCAUAUCUGGACCAAAUGUUGACAUUGGAAAAGCAGACCUUGGCGUCAAAGCCCCUAAAAUUAAAGGUAAAGCACCAGACUUUGACGUCUCUGCAGACGCAGACUUUGGAAUCAAAGGGCCUAAAAUUGAUGCUAAAAUGCCUGGACUGGACGUUUCUGGACCACAUUUUGAUGCUCCUAAAGCAGACUUUGGAAUUAAAGGCCCUAAGGUCGAUGCUAAAAUGCCAGGACUAGACAUCUCUGGCCCACACUUUGACGCUCCAAAAGGUGAUCUUGGAAUCAAAGGUCCGAAAAUCGAUGCCAAACUGCCUGGCAUGGAUAUCUCAGCACCACAUAUUGAUACUCCAAAGGGAGACCUCGGAAUCAAGGGACCUAAAAUAGAUGCUAAAAUGCCUGGACUUGAUAUCUCUGCACCACACUUUGAUGCCCCUAAAGCAGAUCUGGGCAUCAAGGGUCCCAAAAUUGAUGCCAAAAUGCCUGGGGUGGACAUCUCUGGACCACAUUUCGAUGCGCCCCAUGCAGAUUUUGGCAUUAAAGGCCCUAAGGUGGAUGCUAAAAUGCCGGGACUAGACAUAUCCGCACCACACUUUGACGCUCCAAAAGGAGACCUCGGCAUCAAAGGUCCGCAAAUAGACGCUAAAAUGCCUGGAAUGGACGUUUCUGGACCACACUUUGACGCUCCAAAAGGAGACCUCGGCAUCAAAGGGCCUAAAAUAGAUGCUAAGAUGCCUGGAAUAGACAUUUCUGGACCACAUGUUGAUGCACCCAAAGCUGAUUUUGGCAUCAAAGGGCCCAAAAUUGAUGCUAAAAUGCCUGGCCUUGACAUCUCCGCCCCGCAUUUCGAUGCUCCAAAAGCAGAUCUGGGAAUUAAAGGUCUUAAGAUGGAUGCUAAAAUGCCAGGACUUGAUGUAUCCGCGCCACACUUUGAUGCUCCGAAAGGAGACCUUGGAAUUAAAGGACCCAAAAUUGAUGCUAAAAUGCCCGGAGUGGACAUUUCCGGACCACAUUUUGAUGCACCUAAAGGAGACUUGGGCAUUAAAGGCCCUAAACUCGAUGCCAAGGCGCCCAAUGUGGAUAUUUCAGGACCCGGUCUCAACAUUUCUAAGCCCGACUUAAACUUUAACACACCAUCCGUGGAUGUGAGUUUGCCUAAAGGAUCAAUCGACAUUGACAGUCACAAGAAAGGUGUAAAAGUGCCAGGCUUUGGAAUUUCUGGACCCGGUUUGGACGUUGAAGGCCCGGAUGCUAACAUUGGAGGUGAUGCUGGAUUGUCCUUAAAGGGGGAUUUGAAGCUGAAAAAAGGAAAAGAGGACAAGGAACUCAAAAUAAAAGCAGACAAAGGCAAGAAAGUUAAACUCAAAGACAAAUUUAGCAACUGGUUGCACAAGAAAGGCGACGUGGAUAUUGAUGCCGAUGUUGACCUACCAGAUGCCGAGAUUUCAACUCCUGACAUCAAGAUUAAAGAUCCAAAAAUCGACGCCAAAAUGCCAGGUGUUGCCAUAUCUGGACCAAAUGUUGACAUUGGAAAAGCAGACCUUGGCGUCAAAGCCCCUAAAAUUAAAGGUAAAGCACCAGACUUUGACGUCUCUGCAGACGCAGACUUUGGAAUCAAAGGGCCUAAAAUUGAUGCUAAAAUGCCUGGACUGGACGUUUCUGGACCACAUUUUGAUGCUCCUAAAGCAGACUUUGGAAUUAAAGGCCCUAAGGUCGAUGCUAAAAUGCCAGGACUAGACAUCUCUGGCCCACACUUUGACGCUCCAAAAGGUGAUCUUGGAAUCAAAGGUCCGAAAAUCGAUGCCAAACUGCCUGGCAUGGAUAUCUCAGCACCACAUAUUGAUACUCCAAAGGGAGACCUCGGAAUCAAGGGACCUAAAAUAGAUGCUAAAAUGCCUGGACUUGAUAUCUCUGCACCACACUUUGAUGCCCCUAAAGCAGAUCUUGGCAUCAAGGGUCCCAAAAUUGAUGCCAAAAUGCCUGGGGUGGACAUAUCUGGACCACAUUUCGAUGCGCCCCAUGCAGAUUUUGGCAUUAAAGGCCCUAAGGUGGAUGCUAAAAUGCCGGGACUAGACAUAUCCGCACCACACUUUGACGCUCCAAAAGGAGACCUCGGCAUCAAAGGUCCGAAAAUAGACGCUAAAAUGCCUGGAAUGGACGUUUCUGGACCACACUUUGACGCUCCAAAAGGAGACCUCGGCAUCAAAGGGCCUAAAAUAGAUGCUAAGAUGCCUGGAAUAGACAUUUCUGGACCACAUGUUGAUGCACCCAAAGCUGAUUUUGGCAUCAAAGGGCCCAAAAUUGAUGCUAAAAUGCCUGGCCUUGACAUCUCCGCCCCGCAUUUCGAUGCUCCAAAAGCAGAUCUGGGAAUUAAAGGUCUUAAGAUGGAUGCUAAAAUGCCAGGACUUGAUGUAUCCGCGCCACACUUUGAUGCUCCGAAAGGAGACCUUGGAAUUAAAGGACCCAAAAUUGAUGCUAAAAUGCCCGGAGUGGACAUUUCCGGACCACAUUUUGAUGCACCUAAAGGAGACUUGGGCAUUAAAGGCCCUAAACUCGAUGCCAAGGCGCCCAAUGUGGAUAUUUCAGGACCCGGUCUCAACAUUUCUAAGCCCGACUUAAACUUUAACACACCAUCCGUGGAUGUGAGUUUGCCUAAAGGAUCAAUCGACAUUGACAGUCACAAGAAAGGCUUUGGAAUUUCUGGACCCGGUUUGGACGUUGAAGGCCCGGAUGCUAACAUUGGAGGUGAUGCUGGAUUGUCCUUAAAGGGGGAUUUGAAGCUGAAAAAAGGAAAAGAGGACAAGGAACUCAAAAUAAAAGCAGACAAAGGCAAGAAAGUUAAACUCAAAGACAAAUUUAGCAACUGGUUGCACAAGAAAGGCGACGUGGAUAUUGAUGCCGAUGUUGACCUACCAGAUGCCGAGAUUUCAACUCCUGACAUCAAGAUUAAAGAUCCAAAAAUCGACGCCAAAAUGCCAGGUGUUGCCAUAUCUGGACCAAAUGUUGACAUUGGAAAAGCAGACCUUGGCGUCAAAGCCCCUAAAAUUAAAGGUAAAGCACCAGACUUUGACGUCUCUGCAGACGCAGACUUUGGAAUCAAAGGGCCUAAAAUUGAUGCUAAAAUGCCUGGACUGGACGUUUCUGGACCACAUUUUGAUGCUCCUAAAGCAGACUUUGGAAUUAAAGGCCCUAAGGUCGAUGCUAAAAUGCCAGGACUAGACAUCUCUGGCCCACACUUUGACGCUCCAAAAGGUGAUCUUAGAAUCAAAGGUCCGAAAAUCGAUGCCAAACUGCCUGGCAUGGAUAUCUCAGCACCACAUAUUGAUACUCCAAAGGGAGACCUCGGAAUCAAGGGACCUAAAAUAGAUGCUAAAAUGCCUGGACUUGAUAUCUCUGCACCACACUUUGAUGCCCCUAAAGCAGAUCUGGGCAUCAAGGGUCCCAAAAUUGAUGCCAAAAUGCCUGGGGUGGACAUCUCUGGACCACAUUUCGAUGCGCCCCAUGCAGAUUUUGGCAUUAAAGGCCCUAAGGUGGAUGCUAAAAUGCCGGGACUAGACAUAUCCGCACCACACUUUGACGCUCCAAAAGGAGACCUCGGCAUCAAAGGUCCGAAAAUAGACGCUAAAAUGCCUGGAAUGGACGUUUCUGGACCACACUUUGACGCUCCAAAAGGAGACCUCGGCAUCAAAGGGCCUAAAAUAGAUGCUAAGAUGCCUGGAAUAGACAUUUCUGGACCACAUGUUGAUGCACCCAAAGCUGAUUUUGGCAUCAAAGGGCCCAAAAUUGAUGCUAAAAUGCCUGGCCUUGACAUCUCCGCCCCGCAUUUCGAUGCUCCAAAAGCAGAUCUGGGAAUUAAAGGUCUUAAGAUGGAUGCUAAAAUGCCAGGACUUGAUGUAUCCGCGCCACACUUUGAUGCUCCGAAAGGAGACCUUGGAAUUAAAGGACCCAAAAUUGAUGCUAAAAUGCCCGGAGUGGACAUUUCCGGACCACAUUUUGAUGCACCUAAAGGAGACUUGGGCAUUAAAGGCCCUAAACUCGAUGCCAAGGCGCCCAAUGUGGAUAUUUCAGGACCCGGUCUCAACAUUUCUAAGCCCGACUUAAACUUUAACACACCAUCCGUGGAUGUGAGUUUGCCUAAAGGAUCAAUCGACAUUGACAGUCACAAGAAAGGUGUAAAAGUGCCAGGCUUUGGAAUUUCUGGACCCGGUUUGGACGUUGAAGGCCCGGAUGCUAACAUUGGAGGUGAUGCUGGAUUGUCCUUAAAGGGGGAUUUGAAGCUGAAAAAAGGAAAAGAGGACAAGGAACUCAAAAUAAAAGCAGACAAAGGCAAGAAAGUUAAACUCAAAGACAAAUUUAGCAACUGGUUGCACAAGAAAGGCGACGUGGAUAUUGAUGCCGAUGUUGACCUACCAGAUGCCGAGAUUUCAACUCCUGACAUCAAGAUUAAAGAUCCAAAAAUCGACGCCAAAAUGCCAGGUGUUGCCAUAUCUGGACCAAAUGUUGACAUUGGAAAAGCAGACCUUGGCGUCAAAGCCCCUAAAAUUAAAGGUAAAGCACCAGACUUUGACGUCUCUGCAGACGCAGACUUUGGAAUCAAAGGGCCUAAAAUUGAUGCUAAAAUGCCUGGACUGGACGUUUCUGGACCACAUUUUGAUGCUCCUAAAGCAGACUUUGGAAUUAAAGGCCCUAAGGUCGAUGCUAAAAUGCCAGGACUAGACAUCUCUGGCCCACACUUUGACGCUCCAAAAGGUGAUCUUGGAAUCAAAGGUCCGAAAAUCGAUGCCAAACUGCCUGGCAUGGAUAUCUCAGCACCACAUAUUGAUACUCCAAAGGGAGACCUCGGAAUCAAGGGACCUAAAAUAGAUGCUAAAAUGCCUGGACUUGAUAUCUCUGCACCACACUUUGAUGCCCCUAAAGCAGAUCUUGGCAUCAAGGGUCCCAAAAUUGAUGCCAAAAUGCCUGGGGUGGACAUCUCUGGACCACAUUUCGAUGCGCCCCAUGCAGAUUUUGGCAUUAAAGGCCCUAAGGUGGAUGCUAAAAUGCCGGGACUAGACAUAUCCGCACCACACUUUGACGCUCCAAAAGGAGACCUCGGCAUCAAAGGUCCGAAAAUAGACGCUAAAAUGCCUGGAAUGGACAUUUCUGGACCACACUUUGACGCUCCAAAAGGAGACCUCGGCAUCAAAGGGCCUAAAAUAGAUGCUAAGAUGCCUGGAAUAGACAUUUCUGGACCACAUGUUGAUGCACCCAAAGCUGAUUUUGGCAUCAAAGGGUCCAAAAUUGAUGCUAAAAUGCCUGGCCUUGACAUCUCCGCCCCGCAUUUCGAUGCUCCAAAAGCAGAUCUGGGAAUUAAAGGUCUUAAGAUGGAUGCUAAAAUGCCAGGACUUGAUGUAUCCGCGCCACACUUUGAUGCUCCGAAAGGAGACCUUGGAAUUAAAGGACCCAAAAUUGAUGCUAAAAUGCCCGGAGUGGACAUUUCCGGACCACAUUUUGAUGCACCUAAAGGAGACUUGGGCAUUAAAGGCCCUAAACUCGAUGCCAAGGCGCCCAAUGUGGAUAUUUCAGGACCCGGUCUCAACAUUUCUAAGCCCGACUUAAACUUUAACACACCAUCCGUGGAUGUGAGUUUGCCUAAAGGAUCAAUCGACAUUGACAGUCACAAGAAAGGUGUAAAAGUGCCAGGCUUUGGAAUUUCUGGACCCGGUUUGGACGUUGAAGGCCCGGAUGCUAACAUUGGAGGUGAUGCUGGAUUGUCCUUAAAGGGGGAUUUGAAGCUGAAAAAAGGAAAAGAGGACAAGGAACUCAAAAUAAAAGCAGACAAAGGCAAGAAAGUUAAACUCAAAGACAAAUUUAGCAACUGGUUGCACAAGAAAGGCGACGUGGAUAUUGAUGCCGAUGUUGACCUACCAGAUGCCGAGAUUUCAACUCCUGACAUCAAGAUUAAAGAUCCAAAAAUCGACGCCAAAAUGCCAGGUGUUGCCAUAUCUGGACCAAAUGUUGACAUUGGAAAAGCAGACCUUGGCGUCAAAGCCCCUAAAAUUAAAGGUAAAGCACCAGACUUUGACGUCUCUGCAGACGCAGACUUUGGAAUCAAAGGGCCUAAAAUUGAUGCUAAAAUGCCUGGACUGGACGUUUCUGGACCACAUUUUGAUGCUCCUAAAGCAGACUUUGGAAUUAAAGGCCCUAAGGUCGAUGCUAAAAUGCCAGGACUAGACAUCUCUGGCCCACACUUUGACGCUCCAAAAGGUGAUCUUGGAAUCAAAGGUCCGAAAAUCGAUGCCAAACUGCCUGGCAUGGAUAUCUCAGCACCACAUAUUGAUACUCCAAAGGGAGACCUCGGAAUCAAGGGACCUAAAAUAGAUGCUAAAAUGCCUGGACUUGAUAUCUCUGCACCACACUUUGAUGCCCCUAAAGCAGAUCUUGGCAUCAAGGGUCCCAAAAUUGAUGCCAAAAUGCCUGGGGUGGACAUCUCUGGACCACAUUUCGAUGCCCCCCAUGCAGAUUUUGGCAUUAAAGGCCCUAAGGUGGAUGCUAAAAUGCCGGGACUAGUCAUAUCCGCACCACACUUUGACGCUCCAAAAGGAGACCUCGGCAUCAAAGGGCCUAAAAUAGAUGCUAAGAUGCCUGGAAUAGACAUUUCUGGACCACAUGUUGAUGCACCCAAAGCUGAUUUUGGCAUCAAAGGGUCCAAAAUUGAUGCUAAAAUGCCUGGCCUUGACAUCUCCGCCCCGCAUUUCGAUGCUCCAAAAGCAGAUCUGGGAAUUAAAGGUCUUAAGAUGGAUGCUAAAAUGCCAGGACUUGAUGUAUCCGCGCCACACUUUGAUGCUCCGAAAGGAGACCUUGGAAUUAAAGGACCCAAAAUUGAUGCUAAAAUGCCCGGAGUGGACAUUUCCGGACCACAUUUUGAUGCACCUAAAGGAGACUUGGGCAUUAAAGGCCCUAAACUCGAUGCCAAGGCGCCCAAUGUGGAUAUUUCAGGACCCGGUCUCAACAUUUCUAAGCCCGACUUAAACUUUAACACACCAUCCGUGGAUGUGAGUUUGCCUAAAGGAUCAAUCGACAUUGACAGUCACAAGAAAGGUGUAAAAGUGCCAGGCUUUGGAAUUUCUGGACCCGGUUUGGACGUUGAAGGCCCGGAUGCUAACAUUGGAGGUGAUGCUGGAUUGUCCUUAAAGGGGGAUUUGAAGCUGAAAAAAGGAAAAGAGGACAAGGAACUCAAAAUAAAAGCAGACAAAGGCAAGAAAGUUAAACUCAAAGACAAAUUUAGCAACUGGUUGCACAAGAAAGGCGACGUGGAUAUUGAUGCCGAUGUUGACCUACCAGAUGCCGAGAUUUCAACUCCUGACAUUCAAAGUCCGACAUAUAAAGGGUCAUUAAAAUUUGACAGUGAUAAGCCCGAUGUUAGAUUGUCAACAUCUGAUAUUAAUAUGCCAAAAGCAGAAGUGAAUGUUAAAACUCCUAAAAUAAAAUCAUCUAAAAAGGACAAAAACAUGGAUAUUAAAACACCAGACGUUGAAAUAGCUGCACCUGAUAUUAAUAUUCCAAAAGCAGAAAUGAAUGUUAAAACUCCUAAAAUAAAAUCAUCUAAAAAGGACAAAAACAUGGAUAUUAAAACUCCAGACGUUGAAAUAGCUGCGCCCGAUAUUAAUAUUCCUAAAGCAGAAGUGAAUGUUAAAACUCCUAAAAUAAAAUCAUCUAAAAAGGACAAAAACAUGGAUAUUAAAACACCAGACGUUGAAAUAGCUGCGCCCGAUAUUAAUAUUCCUAAAGCAGAAGUGAAUGUUAAAACUCCGAAAAUUAAAUCUUCCAAAAAAGACAAAAAAUCACAAAAAAUUGAUGUCAAAUCACCCGAUCUUAACAUUUCAUCUCCUGAUGUCAAUAUGAAACCAGGAUGGGGAAUUCAAGCAUUGAAACCAAAUGCUAAAUCACUUCUACUGGGGGUCACAGCCCCUGGCAUGGACCUCACAAAAUCUGACAUGGGCAUUCAGGAUCCUAGCAUUACUGUAAAAACACCAAGUGUUCAUGUGGAUUCAAACAUUGACAGUUCUGGAGUACAAGAGAAUUUUGAGAGUAGUCAAAAGGAAAUGGAUUUCAUGGUAUGCCCUACACUGCAGGGGCCUUCUUCAAGAGAUCCAACAUCAUUAUCAGUGAAGUCUAAUAUAAGCCUGGAUUUUGAUGCCAGUGUUGAACCAAUGCACGCAAAAGGUAAUUUAGAUCAACCAGCAAUGCUGAGGGUUCAGUCGACUGGUAGUGACACGUCAUCAGAUGAUGGAAGCCAGGCAUCGUCUCCAGGCUUAAAAAAAAUCAGCUUAGGCUCUCGACUUAAAAAGGCCAUACUGAGAACAAAAAGCUCGGAGGAAGAAACUCAAAUCAAACCAUCGGUAGGUGUGCGAACAUCACAAAGAAGUAACCAAGACACAGGCGAUGAUGGUUUUACAACUAUUGCGGAAUAUCAGAUUGGUGAGAUAGAAGUAUCCACUGCCAAGAAGGAAGAAUGGAGUACAGACCUUUAGAAGUGGAAGCCAGUUAAUUGUUUGAAGAUUAUCUUGCAAUGUCUUCACACAGUGGGACAUAAAUCAGGCAGUCUGCAAGUUGCAUCAUAAGACCAGCAUUUCUCUAACCUUUUUUGGUGGUGUAGAGCUACAUGAAUACUGAAAUGCACAAUACGAACUGUUUUCACAGAAAAAUAAAAUGCCUGCUAUUAUUAUCUCUAACCUUUAACAAUAUAUGUUGGUAUCAACAAAAGUUCACAAAAUGAUGAAAUAUUGGUUGGCAUUUUAGGUACAAAUUUAACAAAAUUUUGUGCGGUCAGCACUCUUUCAACACUAUUCGCUAUACAUAUUUCAUCUCUUUACCAUAACUGACCUUGAGCAUUGUAUACUGAUUUUAUAUCAUGAUCAUAAUUGACCACUAGUAGUAUAUACUCAUUUAAGUUUCCUAAAAACCUCAAUUCAUAUCAUGGAUUUAAUUGGCCACUAUAUAAUCGGCCUAUAUACUCAUUUACAUAUCUUAAAACAUCAUUUCAUUUGAUGAUUUCAAUUGGCCACUAGUAGCAUAUACUCAUGUUAAAUUUUUUGUGAUAAAUUUCAAGCAGCCUUUUUAUUGCUUUUUUAAUUUAUUUAUAGACACCUCUAUAUAAUGUAUGUAAAUAAAAAAUAACAUGUAUUGAGCACUUUAUUUAAGUAAUUUGCCCAUGUAAACUUUUCUAGCUUAGUCUACAAAAACCACCUUAGCCCGGUGAAGGGAUGGUAUAUAUUUUAGAGGUAUUUCAUAAACUAUAAUAUGCAUAAUUUUUGUUAAUGUAUACGUGAGGAAACAAGGUAACGCUUUGGUGUAUGGCAUCACUUAAAAUUCAAUUUUCAGAUAUGACCAUUUAAAAAAAACAA